CAGCUUUUGUACUUGUGUGCAGGUCCAUUAUCUUUUGAUAUUGCGAAUUUUAAUGGAAGCUUACCGUCAAUUCUCCUAAAUCCAUAUUCAUGGACCAAGGUUGCCAGUAUUAUAUUCUUAGACUGGCCCGUUGGUACCGGAUUUUCCUAUUCAAACACCUCACAAGGGUAUUUUUCCUCCGACACCAAAUCAGCAAAAGAUAAUUACACAUUUCUUAGAAAGUGGUUACUGAAUCAUCCCAUAUUUAUCAAAAAUCGUUUAUAUGUUGCGGGAGACUCCUAUGGAGGCAAACUAGCUCCCAUGGUUGCCUUGGAAAUAUUACGAGGUAAUGAAGCAGGACUCCAGCCACGAAUGUCUCUCCAAGGAUACAUUAUAGGCAAUGGAAUAACAGAUCAAAACAUUGAAAACAAUGCACAAAUUCCAUAUGCUCACCGCAUGGCACUUAUAUCCAAUGAAUAUUUUGAGGCAGCAAAAAUUAGCUGUAAUGGGGAAUACGACAAUCCUGAUCCAAAUAAUCUGCAAUGUCUUUUGGCCCUUCAACCGAUCCACGAGUGUAUAAAUCCUUUAGAUGACGGUCAGAUUUUGGAACCGAAAUGUGCAAAACCACAUCUAAUUGGACGGAAUCAUACAUUUUGGGACGAUUUUUCAAUUGAUCACCUCCUUCUGCCAUUUGUAAAAGGAGGAAUGUGGUGUCGGGUUUCUUUUGUGCAGGAUCAAAAUUAUGCAACAUCUUAUGUUUGGGCAAAUGAUCCGACCGUCCAAGAAGCUCUUCAUAUUAGAAAGGGAAUGAUACUAGGGUGGACGAGAUGCAAUCACAGCUUAUCCUAUGAAAUAAAUGUACAAAGUGUUGUACAAUUUCAUAAACUCCUCAGUGAGAAAGGUUACCAAGCUUUGGUAUAUAGUGGUGAUCAUGACAUGAUUGUAUCUUAUAUGAGUACUUUAAAAUGGAUUCGUAGUCUCAAUAUGACCGUUGAGGACAACUGGAGACCUUGGGUUGUUAAUGGCCAAGUUGCAGGAUUCACAGAGAAGUACAAGAACAAUGACUUUUAUCUCACAUUUGUAACAGUGAAGGGAGCAGGUCAUACAGCUACAGAGUUCAAACCUAAGGAAUGUUUUGCGAUGCUUGACCGUUGGCUCUCUCUAUAUCCUUUAUAGGUAUGGAUCGGGAGAAGCUUUUGGGCACUCAUUGCACCUUUUUAGCGUUGUACUCUUAAUAAAUAUUGUGCAUUUAUAAGUUUUUGUAAUGAUGGCUAUGAAUUCAAGUGCAAAUGUAGAAGUAACUUAAAUCGAUUAUAUUUAGCCUUAGUUCAGCCUCGUUGAUAGGAGGUGUACAAUGUUUUAUCUUAGCCUCUAUUUAGGAAGAAUUUAUAAAUGGUUUAAAUAAUUAUAAAUAGAUAGAAAUAAGUGUUGAAUAA